AUGGACCCCCAGCCUCUCCUCCUCUUCCUCUGCCUCCUCCUGCCAGCGUCCCAGAGCCCUGUCGGCUCUCCCCAGCUGAUGCUGGAAAUCCUCGGCUCGGACCUCGCCAUUCUGCUGUCGGGACGUGAAGCGGGGGACCCUUCGCCCCCCCUCGGCUCCUCGCCCCCACCCUUAGGUGGGCACCCUCCCCCCAGGCCUCCAACUCUGCCCCCCGAGCACCCCUGGCUUCCCCUCCUCCGGGAGAUGGCCAGGACCCAGCCGCGGAGGCUCCGAGGACGGGCUCAGAAGGCGGCCCAGAUGGGCUGCUUCGGCAUCAAGCUGGACCGGAUCGGCACCUUCAGCGGCCUCGGAUGCUGA